UUCAUCUCUCUUUGUGAGUUUGGCUUUUGAUAUGGGUACCUGGCUACCCUUGUUUAACUUUGCUUGAUUUUUCUAUCAAAGUAUACCAAAAAAAAGCUUAAAUGGAAAAUGAGUCACCAAAGCACACACUGCUAGAAGGUAUGAUUGCCUGUCACAUACUGUCCUGAACAAAGAGUGGGAUGUAGUAGGGGAGCUGUAGUGGAGCUACUGGAAUUCUCCUGUUUGUGAACAGAUGAGCCUGUAACAGUACGUGGCUGAUUCAGGGAUUAUUAGAGCCUAGGGGAGAGCCUGUAUGUGGGUUGCUAUACAACAGAGGGGGAACGGUGCACGGCAAAGGUAAACAAGGCCUUAAAUCAAUCAGCGGCUGUUUGAAAGCAGGGAACAGUCGAGAAAAGACAGGAUGUGAAAGGAGGCAGCCUCUCAGUUUGUAUAGGAGGUUAUAAGUAGAGGAGCUAACUGUGCCACGAAUACGAAGCAGACCUCACCUGUUGCACAGACUGGGCCUAAACCUCCUAUUUCUUCUCAUCAGCUGCUCUCCUUGUUGACUCUGCUCAUUUGGAGCCAUGCAUCCCCAGCGUCCUCUUCCCCAGGCCAUGCCUUCCUCCUCUCUGGGACAGCACCUGCGGGACAUGGCCAUGGGUCUGGGACGUGGCAAGAACUUCAUGGGUGGAAACUUUGCCUACAGUUUCAUCCAGUCGGUUAAGGAGUGCCUCUAUUUCCUCCUCUGCUGCUGGUGCAUCAAAGAGAUCCUGGACUGACAGACUAAGAGAGAGAGAGUAGAUCAAGUGGUCAAACAUUGAUUUUCCCCUUUUCUCGGUUGGCUCCUAUAGUGUAAUUUCAACCAGCUUUUAUUUCAUCAGGAAUGGAGUGUUUGAUCAUCAGCGGUGCUGGCAAAGCAUUGGCAAGUAUGAGUCUUGUCUCAUAUGACAACAAACUACCACUUGAGCACAUAGAGAAAUAAAAUCAUCCGAAUUUAUAUAAUUCAAUUUGUGUUGUCUGCCGUUGAAAUCGGGGUUCUCGGUUUUCAGAAAGCAGAAAUUUCAAUGAGGAAUACUAAAGUCCUAAAAUUAUUUAAUGUGUUCAAAUAUCUUUAUCUCUGUUGUUCGGUGUCUGUAGGUGUGCUCUUCUGUGCUCUUCUUGGGUUCCAGGCAGAUGCUACAAAUGCUCAGUGUGACACUGAGUCAGAGUUUCCUGAAUUCAAACCGGCUGACCUGAGAUCUUGAGGAAUGGCGCCCCUUUUGUUCACUGUACAACACAAACUGGUGUGCAAUGAAUAAAGGAACCAAUGAAUAGAAACAUAUUACUAUUAUGUCUGCAUUUUUGUU